AUGGUCUAUUCCCAAUGGAUUGCUGGAAUUGGUAGUAUUGCAUCUUUCAUUAGUCUUAUAUUAUAUGGUUAUCUGUUAAUUUAUGUACCAUUUUUCAAAUCAACAAUACGUGAUGAAGUACAAUACGACUGUUCAACUGGUGUAAAAGUAGAAAUAUCUGACCCAAAGACAUUAUUGGCAAAUAAUAUUAUGAUUUUAUUAAAUGAAUCUAUGCAGUGUACCCAAAAACAUAUAAGAGUUGAUCGUAAUCAAGAAAAAGCAUUGAAUUUCGCUCGAGUUUUGGCACAAAUCGCUCCUCCCUUGGUCAGUAUGUCAAUGUUCCUUUUUGCAAGAUUAAACCAAACCUAUUUCGUUAGAAUAUAUUCAAUUCGACUCUUUCGAGUUGAUAAUACUAUUACGAGUUUGCUGGCUAUUACCGGAAUAUUAAUGGCUAUAUUUAAUCAAAACGUCUGGGUUUUGUCUUCAUGUGACAUUAUUAAUCUAGUUAUUGUGUUCACUUAUUUUUAUAUGGGUGAUCGAGCAACUUAGGAGACUUCACAUUAGAUUUUUAAUAGUCCUCUAGCAUUUUUGAGAAGAAGAAAAAGAAGAUUUCUUUGUAUACAGAAAGAACUCUUCUUCUUCUGAAGCUAAAGAAGCAUUCUUAAGAAGAAGAAGAUUUCUUUCUGUGUAUACAGAAAGAACUCUUCUUCUUCUGAAGCUAAAGAAGCAUUCUUAAGAAGAAGAAGAUUUCUUUCUGUGUAUACAGAAAGAACUCUUCUUCUUCUGAAGCUAAAGAAGCAUUC